CUCACACAGGAGCUGGGAUCAUUGGAAAGGAACUGAGAGACAAACAGCCCCUUAUUACAGAGCUCAUUUGGGAUUUUUAGCAUGGCUCUCAAACAACAGCCUCUCUACCUUCACUUGGCAGAGCUCACCGCUUCCCAAUUCCUGGAUAUAUGGAAACAUUAUGACUCUGACGGAAAUGGAUACAUUGAGGGCAAAGAACUGGAGAACUUUUUCCGAGAACUUGAGGCAGCACGGAGAGGCGCGGGUGUGGAAGCAUCCAGUGUUAACUUUGGAGAAAAAAUGAAAGAAUUUAUGCAGAAAUAUGAUAAGAAUGCAGAUGGCCGUAUUGAAAUGGCUGAGCUGGCCCAGAUUCUCCCCACUGAAGAGAACUUCCUGCUUUGUUUUAGACAACAUGCUGGAUCCAGCAUUGAAUUCAUGGAGGCCUGGAGAAGGUAUGACACUGACAGAAGUGGUUAUAUCGAAGCCAACGAGUUGAAGGGGUUUCUGUCUGAUCUUCUAAAAAAAGCAAACCGACCUUUUGAUGAGAAGAAACUUCAAGAAUACACACAAACUAUUCUGCGCAUAUUUGACUUGAAUGGUGAUGGGAAACUCUGCCUGUCUGAAAUGUCUAGAUUGUUACCAGUGCAGGAGAACUUCCUUCUGAAAUUCCAGGGAAUGAAGUUGAGCAGUGAUGAAUUUAACGCGAUAUUCACAUUUUAUGAUAAGGAUGGAAGUGGCUAUAUAGAUGAAAAUGAGUUGGACGCUUUGCUGAAAGAUUUCUUUGAAAAAAACAAAAAGGAUGUGGGUAUCCAGAGCCUAACUGGUUAUCGUCAGAGCAUCAUGUCUCUGUGUGAUGGGGGACGUCUGUAUCGCAAGGAACUGGAGAUUGUACUCUGCAAUGACUCUCCCUCCCUUAAGUAGUGUGGGACCUUUCCUCCGUACACAAGCAGCACUGCACUGAGCUCCUGUAUCUUGCCCCACCCCACCCUUGAGAAGCCAGAGGAGAGAGUACUGUGCAUGAGAGAGAGAGAGAAAUGAAGAGACAGUAGAUAAAAAUACUGAUUGUGUGAGGGUAACAAUAGAAAUGGCAAUGACUGUUAACAAAGGGAAUGCUGUUUAUGAUACAGGUUUGUAUGAGAAAGAGACCUCAGGGAGUGUGUAGUUAAUUGGCAAAUGGCAGAUUUAGUGUAGAACAGAAAACAUCUCUUUGGAUAAAAAGAAAACUGACAUCUACUAGAGCAUCUAUGUUUGAGAGAAUAUGGUACUAGAGUAGAGGAAGCCAGUCAAAUGAAGUACAGAGAACCUAGGAAGAAAUAAUGAAUUUCGAUAUUGCAGGGAUAUCUGAUUUGUGGCGGUCCAGUUAGAUCUGUUCUGAUUGAGGAGUGCUUGUUUUAGCUAUACAGCUGCUAGAAGGCCACACGCCAGCACCCCUGCAUGUAUCAAAUUUACAUUACACUGCAUGUGAAAAGGUUUCUCAGUACAUAGGACUACAGUCCACAUCUUGAGCACUACCUUUUAUUGCAAAUGACGAAUCACGAAAGCAACUGUACUGAUAGCACACUGACACUGUCAGAAGCCUAGGAGAGAAAAAGUAAAGAAGCAUGCACAUCCUUCAGCCUCACGAAUCAACACUGUGCUCUUUAUACAGGUCUUUCUUAGUUGUCUCUGGUAGCUCUCACUGUGGGCUAGUCACCCAGUAUGUUCCAAUAUUAACUGAAUUCUCUCUUUCAUCUCUCACUCUCUCCUUCUGCUUCUCUAAACUAGAUACCUGCUGUCCUGGGUUUAAGAUGGGGGGUUUGUCUCCUUUCUCAUCAGCUUGUGGUUACCACAGAGUGAGUCCUUUUUUACUUGUCAGUUUUGCUUGUUUAACCUGUUUGCUUUGUACCAAAGAAUGAAUAAAUCUGACUGAUCCAG